AUGGACUUCACUGGAUCCGUGGCCCAAGCGCACCGCGACAUAGAAGCCCGCUCGGUGUACGAGUUCAUGUGUGCCAAGAUGGAGGUGCUAUUGAGCGAGGCAGCUGUAGAAUGGAUCGAACUGUACGAGGUGAUGUAUAAAAUAAUUGUGGGCGGUUGUGUUGGCAAUCCAAGAACCAUGACCAACAGGGGGUGUGCAAACAGCUUUGAGCUCCGUGAGGGUGAUUCGAGGCUGUGGGAGAACUCGACAGCUGUCGACGGAGAGUCCGCAGAUGAGAACGUUCGGAAUAUCGGCCCAGGCGGAUGA